AUGGGGAUCAAGUUACUGCUGCUUCUACCUCUUCUUCUUCCGCUUUGGUUGCUUCGGCAGUCUGAUUCUGGAUCUACCAUCAGAUAUCUUCCUGGUUUCGAAGGCCCUCUUCCUUUCGAGCUUGAAACCGGGUAUAUUGGUGUUGGUGAGGCAGAGGAAGAACAGAUGUUCUACUACUUCCUUAAAUCUGAGAGGAACCCAGAGGAAGACCCUCUUCUUGUCUGGCUAAGCGGAGGACCUGGCUGCUCUUCUCUCUCUGGCCUUUUUUUUGAGAAUGGGCCUCUGACUUUCAAGAUUGACUCUUCAUUGGUCUCUACUACAUAUUCAUGGACUAAGGUGGCGAAUAUAAUCUAUUUGGACCAGCCUGUUGGGACUGGCUUCUCCUACUCAAGAAACCCACUUGGUAGUGACAUACCAAGUGACACAGGAUCAGCUAAACGGGUCCAUGAGUUUCUCCGUAAGUGGCUAGCUAAGCAUCCUGAGUUUCUCUCCAACCCCUUUUAUGUCGCCGGAAAUUCUUAUGCCGGUAAGGUGGUUCCGGCCAUCGUUCAAGAAAUCUCAAACGGAAAUGGUUUAUACUUUAAACCUCAUAUAAAUCUUCAGGGCUACGUGCUUGGAAAUCCGUUGACAGACUCUGAUAACAAUGAUAAUUACCGGAUUCCAUUUGCUCGUGGAAUGGCUCUCAUCUCUGAUGAACUCUAUGAGUCGCUUAGUAGAAGAUGCAGAGGAAAUUAUUACACUAAAGUGGAUCCUCUCAACAGAGAAUGCUUGAAUCUCGUUCAAGACUUUGAGAAGUGUGUUUCUGGAUUAGAUGUAACGUAUAUUCUAGGACCAAAGUACGUAAACGCCUCGGAUCCCUUUGUAAGCGCUCCAGUUGAGCAUCUCAUGUCUCUGCAGUCUAACGGCUGGGCCAAUAAGGAGAGUGUGCGCAGAGCCCUUCAAGUGCACAAUGGGAGUGUAGGAAACUGGUUACGAUGUUAUCGGGAAAUACCUUACAAGUAUGACGUUAUAAGCAGCGUACCGUACCACAAGAAUAACAGCAUCCAAGGAUACAGAUCCCUCAUCUUCAGUGGGGAUCACGACAUGUUCGUCCCUUAUGUUGCAACUCAAGACUGGAUAAGAUCUCUCAACUAUUCCAUUGUUGAUCACUGGAGGCCAUGGAUGAUUCAAAAUCAAGUCGCUGGAUACACAAGGACUUAUGCCAAUAAGAUGACAUUUGCCACUGUGAAAGCAAGUCUACUUCUUGUUGGUUUGGUUUAUAGGGCGGCGGUCACACGAUGGUGUACAAACCAGAGGAGUGCUAUGAGAUGUUCAAGAGAUGGAUUAGUGGCCAGCCUCUGUAACAGCUUUAUCAGCGAUGUGGUGGAAGUGAAAUCUUUGCAAAAUCUUGAUUUAGUGCUUUAUAAACUGAUACCAAAUUGA